CUGUCUUCCGGCAUCCCGCCCGUUCUGGCUGGGAAACUCAAAUCAACCAUCACCUCACCUGGGGCACUGGCCCGAUAACCAUGUGGGAAUACUCCAGUCCCCUAUCGGAAUCAAACGUUACAUGAACGAUGGGUGAUUGGAAGUCCAUUCCCUAUGUACAGUACCGUCCCGCGGCACAUGCUCGCACAGAUGCACACACUUCUCUCUCGCGUCGCGGCCCGACCGGUGCUGAAGAUUUCACACGUCGUCCCGGCCUUGCGCUUCCAUUCGACACUCCUCGCCCCUCAACACACAGACCUCAAGACUCCUGACCUUCCAUGCGUCCUUCUACAGGUCUCAAAUAUAUGGCCCAGCCAGCCAGCCCUGAAUCUUGAUCGAGUCUUUCUUCACACCCUCUCCUCCACCAGUCCUGUCUCACAGAGAAACAGCUCGACAGGGAAUCCCGCAUGAGCUUUCAAUCAUGUGAGGGCCGCUGUGUUGCGCCCUUCUCGUGGCAAUUGGCCGGAGACCUCGUGAGAAGCUUUGACUGUCAUACCUGUGAGAGGACCUAAAGGCUAAGGAUGGAUCCCUCUCCUCCACAUACGUAGGCUGGAGCGUGGCGGCCGUUGUACGUAGUCCGGCCGUGCGAGUUGCUUCAUUUUCGUGAGGGUUCGCCGCACAUGUGGAUGCGGAGAGAAGGCAUGGUAGCCAAUACCUCUGCUUUGCGGGCAUAAGCGGGCAGGCGUGAAGUCUCGUGGACACUUCCCCAUGCCCCGAAUCCUUCCUUUUCUCUAGCUGGAUUUUCAAGCCUGCAGGAUCUUGAUUAUGGUUACGAAGGACAAGAAUAAUGGGCAUGAAAUGCUGUGGAGAAUUGGUCAUCCUGGGCCCAAUGGAUCCCGGGAUUGACUGAUUCCAAUUCUCAUAUUCAAAAAAAACUCGUCUCG